GUCCGGUGAAUCCCAGUCUGGAGAAGUGACCCCUAACCUCGUGUAAAUCAACACAUUUCAGUAUCCAGGCACCGCAUCAACCCUGACUGUUCAUCAUUGCUCCGUCCUAAAGUGGUGACCUUGACCUUGAUCUAACCAUGGCAGCCCUUACAGCGCUAAUGGACAAAUAUACAUGGGUCAUGACCGAGUUGAGAGACCCUCGGACGGAUGGAUGGUUUAUGAUGGAAUCUGUGUGGCCGACGGUGGCUGCAGUGUUGGUGUAUCUUGUUGUUGUUGCCUGGGGUAGCAGGCUGAUGUCCAAUCGCCCAGCCUUCAAGGUCAACAACCUCCUCGUGACGUACAACUUCUUCCUCAUGCUGCUGUGUAUGUACCUGUUUGUUGAGUUUGUCAUCUCUGCCUGGCUGCAGCCGGGGUUCAGUCUAACCUGUCAACCUGUAGACUACUCCAAUGAUCCUAUGGCGGUGCGGCUGGCACAUGUGUGUUGGUGGUUUUACUUCUCCAAGCUUAUAGAGCUGCUAGAUACCGUGUUUUUCGUUCUACGGAAGAAAGGUAACCAGAUCUCAUUCCUCCAUCUGUACCAUCACUCUACUAUGCCCAUUCUCUGGUGGGCAGGGGCCAGGUUCGUCCCAGGAGGUGAAGGUUACUUCUCGGCCAGCAUCAACUGUUUGAUUCAUGUGAUCAUGUACCUGUACUACCUCCUGUCUGCCAUGGGGCCCAGCAUGAAGAAGUACCUGUGGUGGAAGAAGUACAUGACCACAAUGCAGCUGAUGCAGUUCUGGGCCAUCCUCGGCCACACCACCUACUCCAUUUACCUCGACUGUGGCUACCCCCUCGGCUACAACAUCGGCUUCCUCACCUACAUGAUCUCACACAUCGUCCUCUUCUCCAACUUCUACUACCAGACCUACAUCAAUAAGUCCCAGCGUCCCACCUCUCUGGAGAACGGUAGCGCCAAGGCCAAGCAAAGAAUGGCAUCAUUAACGGCACCGUCCAAAGCGGAGUGACAAAUGGCAGUCUGCGGAAGCGGAUUGAAUGAUGAAGGGCCAGAGUAGUUGUUAGUGAUGUUUGUGUAACUGAAUAUCAGAUAUAACUAACUGACACUCAUGUCAACUGACAAUCAUCCUGCCGAUAGUGCUUACAACAUUCAUUGUACAUCACUGUUCAGGGCUGCUAAACUUGUCAUCAGGGCCCCUACCAAGCUCACCUAUAUCACAUAAUGUACUUAUGUCACAUGCAGUCAUGGCUCAAUAUUACUUCCUCCUCUGCCAAGGGAUCUCACACAGACUGAGACAUACUUUCAGCAUACCAGUGUUAUCAGUGAAUCCACUGCCUUCACAUUGUAGAAUUAUUCUACUGCAGGGAUAGUUUUUAGGGUUUCACUUGUGUUCAUUGCUCACCUUCCAAUGAAAUAUGCCAGUACAGUCUGCAGAGGGAAUAUACGUGUGGCCUGUCAUUCAUUAGUCCAAGGAGAAAGGUGUAGUGAUAUGUUUGUUGCACAAGCCUGGUGAAAUGUCCAUGGAAGAUGAUAUGUAAAUUACAUACACCCGUUGCUAUGUGCAUGGAAAUUGGUGGGUGUAUGAAUGUAUAUUACAUACACCCGUUGCUAUGUACAUGGAAAUUGGUGGGUAUAUGAAUGUAUAUUACAUACACCCGUUACUAUGUGCAUGGAAAUUGGUGGGUAUAUGAAUGUAUAUUACAUACAGCCAUUGCUAUGUGCAUGGAAAAUGGUGGGUGUAUGAAUGUAUAUUACAUACACCCGUUGCUAUGUACAUGGAAAUUGGUGGGUGUAUGAAUGUAUAUUACAUACACCCGUUGCUAUGUACAUGGAAA